AGCGCGGUGCUGCUGAGCGCGGCGCUGCGGGCCGCCUGCACGCCCGAACUCAAGGCUUUUGUGGUGGCCCACAGCCACAUGGACGUUGGCUGGGUUUACACGGUUCAGGAAAGCAUGCAUGCCUAUGCUGCCAAUGUAUAUACUUCUGUUGUAGAAGAACUAAUGAAAGAAAAUCAUCGCAAAUUUAUUGCAGUAGAACAGGAGUUUUUUCGCCUUUGGUGGGACACAGUAGCCACAGAUGUACAGAAGCAUCAGGUAUAUCAGUUACUUCAAGAAGGGCGACUAGAAUUCGUAAUUGGAGGUCAGGUGAUGCAUGAUGAAGCUGUGACACACAUUGAUGACCAAAUUUUACAGUUAACAGAGGGUCAUGGAUUUUUAUAUGAAACCUUUGGAAUAAGGCCUCAAUUUUCAUGGCAUGUAGAUCCCUUUGGAGCUUCUGCUACUACACCAACUGUUUUUGCUCUUGCUGGUUUUAACACCCACGUCAUCUCCCGCAUAGACUAUGAUCUGAAGGACAAAAUGCAGAAAUCCAAGAAGCUUCAGUUUGUGUGGAGAAGUUCUCCCUCCUUAUCUGAAAAUCAGGAGAUCUUCACUCAUGUUAUGGAUGAGUUCAGCUAUUGUACCCCAUCACAACUGCCCUUUUCAAACAGAUCGGGAUUUUAUUGGAAUGGAAUUGCAGUGUUCCCAGAUCCACCAAAAGAUGGUGUUUAUCCAAACAUGAGUCUUCCUGUUACUGAUACCAGCAUUCACCUUUAUGCACAGACCAUGGUGGCAAACAUUAAGAACAGGGCAGCAUGGUUCCGAACUAGUGAUGUCCUGUGGCCAUGGGGCUGUGACAAACAAUUCUUUAAUGCAUCAGUUCAAUACACCAACAUGGAUCCAUUACUAGAUUAUAUUAAUAAGCAUGCUGAUGAAUUUGGAGUGACUGUCCAGUAUGCCACUGUUAAUGAUUACUUCCAGGCAGUGCAUAGCAGAAACCUCACAUGGGACAUUCGGAAUGAUCAAGACUUUCUUCCAUAUUCAACAGAACCGUUUCAAGCAUGGACGGGGUUUUAUACUUCCCGCAGCACGCUGAAGGGAAUUGCACGGAGAGCAAGUUCACUUCUCAAUGCUGGAGAGUCAUUUUUCACACAAUAUGUUCAGACGUACUCAGCAGGCUCUGUUUGCAAAUUUUGGGCCUUAGAGCAGCUUCGCAGUCUCAGAUGGGCCGUCUCGGAGGUUCAACACCAUGAUGGCAUAACAGGCACAGAAUCCCCCAAGGUGAAAGAUAUGUAUGUGAAUAACUUGAUGAAUGGAAUGAUUAAUGUAAAGAAGCUUCUGGCUUCCAUAAUCUUUGACAUGCACAGUGCUGAGAAGAAUGGAAAACUCUAUUCUUACGUUGCCGGUAAAGAUGCAGGAAAACAAGGUACAAGAAACAUUGAACAAUAUAUUUUUGUCUAUAAUCCACUGGCAUGGAACAUCACUACUUUUGUCACUAUUCCUGUGAGCUGCUCCACAGUUAGUGUGUAUAAUGACCUGGGACAUUCUGUACCAGCACAGAUCCAUAACUCCACAGAAGCCCAUUCUACCUAUGAUCUGUAUAUUCUUGUUACGAUAAGUGGACUGAGCUACCAAAGAUACCGUGUUAAAAUCUCAGCUGACAACGGAUUAGCAUUUGUUGCAAAAUCAAUUAAGUAUAGACCAAAAGUAAUAAACUAUGUUCAACACCGAAGUAAACAGCUGCUUCCUGUACUUAAUAACUGCUAUCAGGUGAUGUGGGACCAAGAUACUAACCUAAUGCACAGCAUUACAGACAGGGAGACUAACCAGACUAUCCAGGUAACCCAGGAGUUCCUUGAAUAUCAUGUGAAUGGAGAUGUGAAGAAGGGACCUAUUUCAGACAACUACAUGUUUAGCACAAAUGGAUCAGCUGUUCAAGUAUCAAAAACAGUGGGACUAGAAGUUGUUUCAGGAAACCUAGUGACAGAAAUAAGGCAAUAUUUUUACAGCAAUAUCACUGCUCAGGAUUACAGAUAUGCAAUAUAUACCAGGCUGUACCAUGUACCAGAAGGCUAUGAUGGAAAGCUGCUUUGCCAUAGGAUAGAGCAAGAACACAGAGUUGGGUCUUUGGAACUAAAUCGUGAGGCAAUCCUACGGACAAGCACAAACUUAAACACUAAGCAGAUGCUUUAUACUGAUGACAAUGGGUAUCAGAUCCAGAAGAGACGAUACAAGACCUACACGAAUAAUACUGUGGCACGGAACUAUUAUCCCCUGGUCCAGACAGCCUACAUCGAGGAUGGCUACACAAGACUGGCGCUGCUUGCAGAAAGAGCACAUGGUGUCUCAAGUCAGAAAAAUGGGCAAGUGGAGGUGAUGCUUCAUAGGAGACUAUGGAACAACUUUGAGUGGGAUCUGAAUUACAAUCUCACCUUGAAUGACACCUCAGUGGUGCAUCCAGUGUUUUGGCUCAUUUUAGGAGCUAAGGAUGUUACCAAUGUUCUCUCUCAUACAGGCGCACUGGCUUUAGAGCACAGACCAGUUGUUAUGUUUGGAAACUUAAUGGGUGAACCAAAGCUGCAUAGACAACCUUCUCCUGUCCAGAAUGAUCCUGUGGUCCUCCCACCUAACCUUCACCUCCAAACUCUAAGCAUUCCUGGUUGGACAUACAGCUCCAACCACACUGAGCAGCUCCAGAAUAUUCACAAGGGCAAUCAAAAGCAAGAGGCUGCAGAUUUCAGUCGUGUCCUUCUGAGAAUCAGGCAUCUAUAUGAAGUAGGAGAGGAUCCAAUGCUGUCUCAGCCUGCAACAGUGAAUCUGAAGGCUCUGCUGAAGGGAUUGGGAACCAUAGUACUGGUAGAGGAACGGUCGCUUACAGGAACCUGGGAUAUCAAUGCUUUGAAUCGAUGGAGGUGGAAAACGGCACAGCAUCUAAGCCAAGGAUUCUUCAAUACCAAGACUGCAGAAAAUGUUACUGUAACUAUACACCCAAAGGAAAUCAGGACCUUUUUUGUAUACUUUAAAGAUCACUGAAAACUUGUUGCAUGCUCCUGUCCCACCUAAUAAUUUGCUAUGAUUUUUUUUAAAGAUCUGAAGUGACAAUUUUGAGAUCUUCUCCCCUGGUGCCACAAACAGAAGGAAUAAUUAUUGUGUAAUAAACUGUAAAACGUU